AUGUCGGUAACCGUUGCGGACCUUGACGCCACAGUCAAGGCAUUUCAGGAAGGCAAGGGCGAGGUGCAGAAACAAGCCCAGCAAAAGCUCAAUGAAUUCAAAUCAAACCCAGAUGCGUGGUUGAUGGUGGAUAAGCUUUUGCAAGAGUCGACGUAUAUGCCAACGAAAUACCUCGGGCUACAGGUUCUCGACGACGUGGUCAAUACGCGCUGGAAGGUCCUUCCUCGCGAUCAGUGCUUAGGGAUUCGCAAUUUCGUCGUCAACCAAAUCCUACAGGCUUCCGAGACCGAGGAGUCGCUCAAGGCCAAUAAGCUCUUCCUCAACAAGUUAGAUCUGACUCUGGUCACCAUCUUGAAGCAAGAAUGGCCGCACAACUGGCCUACAUUCAUCAACGAAAUCAUCUCGGCAAGCCACAGCUCGUUAUCCAUCUGUGAAAACAAUAUGACUAUCCUCCGCUUGCUGUCAGAAGAGGUCUUUGACUUUUCUCAGGAUCAGAUGACCUCGGUCAAGGCUAAGAACCUUAAGACCACCAUGUGCGCCGAGUUCUCAUCGAUCUUCCAGCUAUGCAAUGAGGUCCUCACUACCGCCAACUCAAUAAGCUUGGUGAAGGCGACGCUUGAGACUCUGCUUCGCUUCUUGAACUGGAUCCCUCUGGGCUUCAUCUUCGAGACUCAACUCAUUAACACCUUGGUCACCCGCUUUCUCGAGGUGGAUCAGUUUCGCAACAUCACUCUCAAAUGUCUGACUGAGAUUGGUAGUCUACAACUGGGCUCCCAGUAUGAUUAUGACGAGAAGCUUGUGCUCAUGUUCACCGAAACCUUGACCGUUGUUGCUCGGACCUUACCUCUAGAGACCGAUUUCCGCGAGGCAUAUGCGAAAGCUAGGCCCGCCGAACAGGAAUACAUCCUCAACCUUGCCAUCUUUCUUUGCAACUACUUCUCAGCGCACCUCCAAACCAUCGAAAGACUACCCAAUCCCGAUUUCCUCCUCCAUGGACACUUCUACCUCAUCAAAAUCAGCUUGAUUGAUGACCGGGAGAUUUUCAAAAUCUGCCUCGAGUAUUGGAACAAGUUGGUACAGGAACUGUAUGAAGAGAUGCAGCAACUGCCGAUGACCGACCUCAACCCUCUGAUCAACAUGGGUGUCAGUGGACUCGCCAACGGCGGUGCACCUCAUCCGAGCACUCUCGCCAAUUAUCCUCUCCGCAAGCACAAGUAUGCCCAAGUUUUGUCCAGUUUGAGACAAGUCAUGGUUGAGAAAAUGGUUCGACCUGAGGAAGUCCUCAUCGUGGAGAAUGAUGAAGGCGAAAUUGUCCGGGAGUUUGUCAAGGAAAGUGACACUAUCCAACUCUACAAGACCACACGCGAGUGCCUCGUGUAUCUGACACACUUGGAUGUCGUCGACACGGAGAACAUCAUGUCCGAAAAGCUGCAGCGACAGGUUGAUGGCUCCGAAUGGUCAUGGAACAAUUGCAACACCUUAUGCUGGGCCAUUGGCUCAAUAUCAGGCGCCAUGAAUGAGGAGACUGAGAAGCGGUUCUUGGUAACCGUGAUCAAGGAUCUUCUGGGGUUGACUGAGAUGAAACGGGGCAAAGACAACAAGGCCGUGGUAGCCAGCAACAUUAUGUACAUUGUGGGUCAAUACCCUCGAUUCCUCAAAGCUCACUGGAAAUUCCUGAAAACUGUCGUCAACAAGUUGUUCGAGUUUAUGCACGAGACGCAUGAAGGUGUGCAGGACAUGGCAUGUGAUACAUUCAUCAAGAUUGCCAACAAAUGCAAGCGUCAUUUUGUUGCUCUUCAGCCGGGCGAGACCGAGCCGUUCAUUGAUGAAAUCGUCCGAAACAUGCAAAAGAUCACGUGCGAUCUCAGCCCGCAACAAGUGCAUACAUUCUACGAAGCUUGCGGUUAUAUGAUCUCCGCACAAGGGCAGAAGAGCGUACAAGACAGACUCAUUGACAACCUCAUGGCGUUGCCAAAUGCAGCAUGGGACAACAUAAUCCAACAGGCGAAUGCAAACCCUGCCAUUCUUCAAGAUGCCGAAACCAUCAAAGUGAUUGGCAACAUCAUGAAGACCAACGUGGCCGCAUGCUCAUCUAUCGGACCUUACUUCUAUUCGCAAAUCGGCCGCAUUUAUCAUGACAUGCUCAACAUGUACCGAGCUUCCAGCCAGUUGAUCUCGGAUUCUGUUGCUUCAGGAGGUAAUGUUGCAACUAAGACGCCAAAAGUGCGUGGUCUCCGUACGAUCAAGAAAGAAAUCUUGAAGCUCGUGGACAUCUAUGUGCAAAAAGCUGAUGACCUGCAAAUGGUCAAUGACAGCAUGGUACCACCGUUGCUUGAUGCCAUUCUGCUCGAUUACCAGCGCAACGUGCCUGAUGCCAGGGAUGCUGAAGUUUUGAGUGUGACCACCACCAUCAUCCAUAAGCUACACAAUCUCAUGGAAGACAAGAUCUCCCCAAUCAUGGACAGUAUCUUCGAAUGCACCCUUGAUAUGAUCAACAAGGAUUUCCACGAAUACCCUGAUUUCCGUGUGGAAUUCUUCAAGCUCCUGCAGGCUAUUAACCUGUUCUGUUUCUCAGCCUUGCUGAAACUCGACGGCCGCCAGUUCAAGUUGAUUAUCGAUUCUUGUAUGUGGGCCAGCAAGCACGACAAUCGCGAAGUCGAGAACACCGGUCUCUCGAUGUGCUUAGAGUUGAUCAACAACAUGGCCGAGACCGACCCUCAGACCUCAGGUAUCUUUUUCCAGCAGUUUUACAUCCCAAUUCUGCAGGACGUUUUCUAUGUUGUCACAGAUUCGGACCACAAAGCUGGCUUCAAAUCCCAGUCCAUGCUCCUGGCUCGCAUGUUCCAGUUGGUUGAGACCAACAAAAUUUCACAACCCCUGUAUCAACCUGGCCAGGCUCCUCCUGGGACAACCAACAAACAAUUCGUCAGCGAUUUCACGGUUAAUCUCCUGAAAACCGCUUUCCCGAAUCUCCAGGAAAUUCAAAUUCAGCACUUCGUUACCGGUCUGUUUACGCUCAACGAGGAUGCCACCAAGUUCAAGACUCAUCUUCGUGACUUCUUGAUCUCGCUCAAGGAGUUUGCGGGUGAUAAUGCCGAGCUGUAUGCUGAGGAACGGGAGCAAGAAAAGAGAGAUCUGGCGGAUGCAGAACGUCAACGUGCAAUGAAAGUUGGCGGUCUGAUCAAGCCCGCGGAUCUGGACCAAGAUGACGAACUCUGA